AUGAGAAACGGGAGGGACGGCGGAAGACGCAUCCCCGGGAAGGUUGCAUGGGGGGACGUCACUAUUAUAGAGCCCGGUAUAGGGGCACAUACGUCGCUGCCGCUAUCGAGCUCCGCGAAUACAUCUUUAAGGAACACUGCACUUCGCGCAGCGGCGGGCGGCCCUGUAGCUUCCCUCGCGGCGACCCGUGCGGUUCCCUUCCAGAGCAGGUCAUACAUACUGGAAGGAGCCACGGUUGGAGGCCAUGGCAGCAUUACUAACAUUGGGAAGGCUUUCCACAUCCAUCAGGCUGCGGCGAAUGGACAAAGUGGUCGACUUCUCAGUCGGGGGGGAGGUGCUUGGAGUCACCGUGCAGCCGGCCUUGAAGAGGAGGAUAGCGAGGCCACAGUGUGGCAGAGAUUGAGCGCACAGAUUCUUGGAGGAGCAGGUACUGGAAACAAAAGCAAAGUUACCAGCACAGGGGGAUGCUGCCACAAUCGAAGUGGAGCUGCAGUGGCUGGUCGGAUAGCCAGUCUACAAGGAAGCCGUCGUAAGGUGUACCUUCCGCGCCUGGACAAGGGGAGAGCACACUUCACCAGCGUGCCUAUACGAAGUCCCGUGAUAUCCAAGCCAUGUCACCCUACCCCCAGUCAACAAGUCAUAGAAGGACCCGGGCGCCGUGCAAACGAUAGCCCAGAAUACCCCCGAAAAGUCAAUUUGCUUAUCAAAGAAGAUGGGAAGGCGCCUUUCCGCAAUGUGCCUUCAUGGACUAGUGUGGUGGCUACACCGGUUGGCUUUUGCCCCCAUGCACGAGUAGGCGAAAUGUCGAAACGCCAACCAGUUUCUUGCCGACAGUGCUUUUGGGGUGUAUUCUUCGUCACCGUUGAGGACAUAAGGCGAUAUUUAGAGGCGUUGGUGCGGUGGAGUUGCAUGAUACUUAGGUCAGGCUCUCCUUGGCCUUUUGACGUAGUAGCUGGAGGGUCGAGCUACCAGGCAGUCGGCCGCAAGGAGAGUGCUAGGCAGGAGGCGCCUACAUUCGAUGACGGCCCUCCCCCGCAGGCUGGCAGGCGUACUAUUUCUUGUUCUGAGGUAUGGAAGCACCUCGACGAGUUGUGCGAAGAUGUCGAAGCGGAUUGGAGAGAGAUAAUUCCGCCACAAACGGAGAUCUACUGA